UGAUGCUGUACUGGUGUGGGCUCAGUAGAGCCAGGAGGUUGUCACUGCACGUUACAAUUUCCUAUCUGAGCCCAUAUAGAGCCAUGUGGUCUCUAAAAAGCAUCUUACGGUUGUCGACGCAUGGCCUGACGGGACCAAACUUUUCUGAGUCAACUGCGAUUGCGGAGCUAUUCCCACGCCGUCAAGUUUCCCCACGGGUCCAUCAUCACUUUACAUCUUGCUCUAUUGGUGUACAGUACGAUAUCAUCUUUUGAGUUUACUGUUGAUAUUCUUCACAAUUGACCGCCAUGACAUCACACACCGCGUCCCAGCGCUACCUGAGUACUCGGGGAGGAUCCUACGACCUCUCCUUUGAGGAAGUCGUACUCAAGGGCCUCGCCUCAGACGGCGGCCUCUUCAUCCCCGAGGAAAUCCCCACACUCCCCGAAGACUGGGCGUCAAAAUGGCAGAAUAUGUCCUUUGAGGAACUCGCGUACGAGAUCUUCUCUCUCUACAUCUCCCCGUCCGAGAUCCCCGCCGCAGACCUAAAGGACAUCAUACGCCGCAGCUACGCGACCUUCCGCGCAAAGGACAUCACUCCGACCGUCACACUCGACAAGGAGAAGAACAUACAUCUGCUGGAGCUGUUCCAUGGGCCGACGUUCGCGUUCAAGGAUGUCGCGCUCCAGUUCUUGGGUAACCUGUUUGAGUACUUCCUCGUCCGCAGGAAUAAGAAUAAGUCGGGUCGCGAGAGGGAACACCUGACGGUCGUUGGCGCGACGAGUGGUGACACUGGCUCUGCGGCCAUCUACGGACUGCGCGGGAAGAAGGACGUCUCAGUCUUCAUCAUGCACCCACACGGCAAGGUCAGCGCCGUUCAGGAAGCGCAGAUGACGACGGUCAUGGACGCCAACGUGCACAACCUCGCUGUAGACGGCACCUUCGACGACUGCCAGGACUUUGUCAAAGCCCUCUUCGCCGACCCCGAAAUCAACAAAACGCACCGUCUCGCGGCCGUCAACUCAAUCAACUGGGCGCGCAUCCUCGCCCAAAUCACAUACUACUUCCACGCCUACUUCAACCUGAUCCGGCAGCCCUCCUUCCUCCCCGCCUCCACCGUCCGCUUCGUCGUCCCCACCGGCAACUUCGGCGACAUCCUCGCCGGCUUCUUCGCAAAGCGCAUGGGGCUGCCCACCGAAAAGCUCAUCAUCGCCACAAACGCAAACGACAUCCUGCACCGCUUCUGGGAGACGGGAAAAUACGAGAAGAAGCCCGUGCAUGGCCAGAAGGCUGAAGGCGGCCUCGCAGAAGACGGCGUAAAGGCACACGAGGGCGGCGUAAAAGAGACGCUCAGCCCCGCAAUGGACAUCCUCGUCUCGUCAAACUUCGAACGCUUGCUCUGGUUCCUCGCUUACGACGUCUACAGCUCUACUUCCGACGCGGUGUCCCAGCGCCGCAGCCAGGCAGGCGACCACGUGCGCGACUGGCUCAACGCGCUGAAAUCGCAGGGCGGAUUCGCCGUCGACGCGCAGAUCCUGAGCAGAGCGAAGGCGGACUUUUCGUCCUACCGCGUCAGCGACGACGAGACUAUCGACACGAUUAAAUCCAUCUUCCACGCCCCAUCAUCAAAGUCCUACAUCCUGGACCCCCACUCUGCAAUCGGCAUUGCGGCUGCGUUCCGCUCUGUAGCUGUGUCGGGCCCGCCGUCGACCCACCAUAUUGCGCUUGCGACGGCGCAUCCGGCGAAGUUCGCGAAUGCGGUGGAACUGGCGUUGCCGGAGCAGAAGGUGUAUUUUCUGGAGAAGGUACUGCCGGUGGAGUUUAAGGGGUUGGAGGAUAAGCCUAGGAGGGUUAGUCUUGUGAGGAAGGCGGAUGGGUGGGAGGGGGUGAGGAAGGUGGUGGUUGCGGAGGUGGAGGCGGAGUUGAGGGCUGCGGAGGGUGGGGGGCAGUGA